UCAAGUAGAGACCAUCCCAGUCACUAAAUCCCAACGUUAUACACUCGAAAUCCCUGAAAAAAAUGGCUCUGGGCAGCGAGAAUCAGUCCUUGUUCUACGACGACGAGGAGGAGGCCACUUCUCCGGUGAACGGGCCCUCCGUCAUCCGGCGGAAUGCCCGGGAACGCAACCGUGUCAAGCAGGUCAACAAUGGCUUCAGCCAGCUCCGGCAACACAUUCCCGUGGCCGUCAUUGCCGAUCUGAGCAAUGGUCGGCGGGGAAUCGGUCCGGGGGCCAAUAAAAAACUCAGCAAAGUCAGUACCCUCAAAAUGGCCGUAGAGUACAUACGCCGUCUGCAGAAAGUCAUUGAUGAAAACGACCAGCAGAAGCAGCAACAGUUGCAGCAGCAACAUCAGCACUUCCAGCAGCAACAUCAUCAGCAGCAGCAACAGCAACAGCAGCAGCAGCAACACUUCUACGCCUGGCAGCAACAGUUGCAAUUGCAGUCGCCCACUGGAAGUGUGAGUUCCUGCAACAGCAACAGCAGCAGCAGCAACAGUUCCUAUUACACACCAGCGACAUCAACGAUCGCACCAGCAACAUCAUCUCUGAAUGUCGUCACCAAAUUGGAAAACAGCUAUGAAGACUACCGCAACAAUUCCUGCAGCUCCGGUGCCGAGGAUGAGGACAUCCUCGACUACAUAUCCCUCUGGCAGGACGAUCUGUAGGGAUCUCGACACCGACAUCCCGACAUUCCCUGCAAUUGCUAGUCGCACCAACCAUCAACAAAACACAACGAACCAUUGAUUGGCCAACAAGUAUUACCUCAGCCACAAGUAUUACCACAACACCACCUUUUUUUUUGCCUGUACAAAUUAGUGCUUAAGUUUUUAUAUAGUUUAUAAGACUAGCCUGUAAAUGGAAGACAAUGUACACUUAAGAAUCUCUUUUUUUUAAA